AUGUCGCGUUUCCGCAAGCGCGAUGGGUCCAUGGACACGGUAAGAGUCAUGUCUUCAUUCAGCGAGACCGUUGGCGCAACCGCCCAGCCCGUGCUCACUUUCGAUUCGGCGAUAUUCAGGGGUAUGUCGUUCGAACUUCCAGAAACGAAUGCAACCUCCGUCAAGAAAGUCGAGAACAUUACUGGCGUACAGGCUGUCUGGCCCGCUGGGAUCUUCACCAUCCCCGAGACACAGGCAAUUGUCCAGGAGGGUGAGAACCCCCCGUGGACUCCGCAUGUUAUGACCAGGGUCAAUGAGCUUCAUGCAAGAGGCAUCAAUGGCAGCGAUGUUGUCGUGGCACUUGUGGACAGUGGUGUUGACUACAACCACCCCGAUCUUGGAGGCGGCUUCGGGCCCGGCUUCAAGGUAGAGGGCGGCUACGAUCUUGUGGGCGACGCAUACAACGGCAAGGACGUCGCUGCUCAGCCCGAUGCGGACCCCAUGGACUGCCAAGGCCACGGCACUCACGUAUCUGGUAUCGUCGCUAGUACCAAUAGGUAUAACCCUGGUGUUGCUCCCGAUGCUCGUCUUCGAAUGUACAAGGUUUUUGGCUGCUCAACCAGCACCUCAGAGGACUACAUCAUUGCCGCCUUUCUACGCGCGCACGAUGAAGGUGCCGACAUUAUCAGCGCUUCUCUGGGAUCGGUUCAGGGUUUCCCCUAUACUCCCACCUCUAUCGUCGCGUCCAAGAUACAAGCUGCUGGCACAUUCAUCGCAGCAGCUGCUGGUAACAGUGGCCAGAACGGCCCAUUUUACUCCAGCAACCUUGGAAAUGCCUUCGGGAUUACCACUGUCGGUAGUGUCGCGGCCACCGAUUUGGUCGGCCACUCUGUAGUGGCACACGCAAGUGAUGGAUCUUCCCGGGAGAUUAAAUACGUCUCUGCGUCGCAGAGCCAGUUCAAAAUCAACGGAACCGUCAAGGCGCACUUCUACAAUGACACAACCCGUGACUCCUGUGACUGGAGCACAGCUCCGAAGGUCCCCGAUGACGAAAUUCUACUGCUGCCCCGUGGUGAUUGCAACUGGUGGACAAUGGACAUCAUUCUCUUUGGCAAGGUUAAGUGGUUCUUUGUCUAUAAUAGUGAGGGUAAGGCAUGGGAGUACCCGCUUCAGAUUCCAGUCCAGGGCUCCAAUCAGGCUCAAGAUCUUGCCCUCAUCUCGCGCGAGGAUGGAUUAUGGCUUUUGAACAAGCACAAGAGUGGAGUCUCCGUGACAUAUGAGUUCGUGUCCAAUGAAAAACCGAUUGCCGUGCCUGUUGACUUUUAUGGUGGCGGCGCAAUAAGUAACUUUUCAUCAUGGGGUCCGACCCUUGACGCCCGCAUGAAGCCAGAGAUCUCUGCUCCAGGUGGUGGCAUCUUGUCUACAUAUCCUAUGGCUCUGGGAAAAUAUGCGGUCUUAUCUGGAACUAGCAUGGCUACCCCAUACGUAGCCGGUGUGGCUGCGCUGUACUUCUCCUCACGCGGUGGACGUGCCACCCUAGGCUCUGACGGCGCCCGCUUGGCUCAUGAACGAAUCAUCGCCAGUGGCAGCCCGGUGGGUGGCUAUCAAAAUAAUGGAGUCAAGGAGAACGUUGCUAUGGCCGGCGCAGGUCUGCUCGAUGCCGUGAAGGUGGUGGACUACCAGACUUCUGUUUCACCAGCCAACAUCAACUUGAACGACACCGACCAUUUCCAAAGCACCCAUGUGAUCAGAAUCUCAAACAGUGGCGAUAAAGAGGUAGAGUACCGAAUCUUCCACGAACCUGGCUCGACAAUGCACCCCAAAAGGCAAAACAAUGCUUGGACCAAUCUCGAGCCGCCAGAAGUGAUGGACAAGAACUUCCAGGCCUCUGUCUCUCUCUCUGCAGAGACUAUCAAAGUAGGACCAAGGUCGACAUCGGAACUCACCAUUCAGUUCACUGAGCCGGUGGGAAGCAACGCAACACUCCCUGUUUACGGCGGCGGAAUCGUGAUUGCAUCUGAUAAGGAGUCUCUCCGCGUGACCUAUAUGGGCAUCAAGGGCUCUUUAUACUGGUGCGAUAUUUGGGAAAUGCACCGUGGAACCCCUCUGUUCAUGAGAAACUACGACGGAGUGGGACAGCUCGCGGAUGGUGACCACUACGUGCUUCAGCCAUACGGUACCGUUCCGCUAGGGUACUUUAAUGUGCUCUGGUCCACGGAAGAGAUCAGCUUUGAUUAUGUUGCUCGAGACUGGACGCCGAGCGACUGGGUCUACCCACCAGUGCCAGGCCAAAAUAAGUGGUAUGGCUCCGCCGCCAGCGCCGAAAGCAACUUCCCGGUUUACAAGUAUCCCCGUAUUGAGUCCGGCCAAUAUGCCGUCCCCGGUCAGACAUACAGUCACGGUGGUCCUGUCCUUCCUGGAGAAUACAGAAUGCUUGGGAGGACUCUACGCACUUAUGGAGACCCCAGCAGGCUAGAUGACUGGCAGUGGAAGCUCUCGCCGUGGUUCACGAUGAAGGCAGCGGAACCGAGCAACUCAAGCACUACCUCCGUCUCCAUCACAACCAGUGCCGAGCCCACAACCAGCGCCGUCCCGCCGCCCCUGGCGACAUGUGGCGGGGAUGUAAGGCCCAUCUCUAUUCAAGCUCGCGGCAACGGCCCAACGCUGUACAAGGUGGCCAUCGAUAAUGACUUCUUGUGCAUCGACACUGACGGCACCUCUGUCAACCCGAGCGAGGCAGCCAUCAACGACGAGGGUCAAGUUGCGUUCAGAUUUCCUGGCGUUGAUAAUGAUCGUUGGGCAUCCGCGCAUACCAUUGCCAACAGCCUGAUCUAUCUGUAUAGGGCUAGCAGUAUAAAUUCUCCUUGGUCUUACCUGACGUGCAAUAUUGCCGAGGGUAGUGGCAAGCUCGAGUGCAAGUCGAAUGCCCGUGAGACUUUCUAUGCGUGUGGCGGCAACAGCCCACUCGUGCGUGUCUCUACGCAGGUACCCACCGAUGAAGGCUGCUAUGAGGUGACUUUCUUCGCCUCGGUGCUCGAUAAUCCAGCUUGCUCGACCUCGACAGCCAUUACCACCUCAUCUGCCGUGUCCACGACGAAAGUAACGAGUACCUCGGGGCCUAGCAUCACAGCAUCGAGCAUUAGCUUUGGGAGCAACACCGCCGUGCCAAGUUAG